AUGGGAGAACUUCCUGAAGAACGGAUCACACCAUCAAGACCAUUUGAGCAUACGGGAGUAGACUUUACUGGAUUCAUUGAUGUUAAAUCAAACAAAGGUCGUGGGAUCAAAUCAAGCAAAGGUUAUGUGGCCGUCUUUAUAUGCAUGGUGACUAAGGCGGUCCACCUUGAACUCGUGUCGGACCUAUCAACAUCCUCCAUGAUAGCAGCAAUGCGUCGUCUAGCUGCCAAAAGAGGUGCCCCCUCCCACAUCUACAGCGAUAAUGGGACAAAUUUUGUAGGGAGCAGCAGGGUAAUCAAGCAGGAGCUAUCAGAACUGAAAGAAGUAUUCAAUGAGGAAUUCUUCGACGAAAUAAAUCAGAUGGAAAUAGAAUGGCAUUUCAUCGCCCCAUCGUGGCCGAACGCUGGAGGCCUCUGGGAAUCAGCCGUGAAGAGCUUCAAGUAUCACUUCAAGCGGGUCAUCGGAAAUCAGAAGUUAACAUACGAGGAGCUAUCAACACUACUAGCACAAAUAGAAGCAUGCCUCAAUUCAAGACCGUUGUGUCAAUUAUCAGAAGAUCCCGAUGAUAUCAAUUUCCAAUUCGAGAGACUCGAGACGACCUCGACUCUUGUUAGGAGAGUGCUGAUUUGCGAAUUAAAUAUGGCGUUUUUGUUGUUAAACCGAUGGUUGAGAAUGUCCCAACAAACAGCGUAA